ACUGGUUCUGUUUGUAUUAUAAUUAACUACAUCGUACGUUUGGUCAACUUGUUACAUAUUCAUAUGCUCCUGUUCUGUUCUGUCCUGAUCUGUCCCGCCUGCCUUUACGUCCAGCCGAUACCAAGUCUUAUUUCUGAAGGAAACGGAAGAAGAAGUUAUUGAAGACAAGGAGGAGAAGUAAAAACCAGAAAGAAAGAAAAAAUGACGGUGGUAAACGGUCAGACCAGCGAAUUCAAGGUGAAGGAUGUGCCCAUUGAGAACCAAAGGCCUCUGAAGGUGGUGGUCAUCGGGGCGGGCUUCUCUGGCAUCCUCGCAGCUAUCAGGAUACCCGAAAAACUGCGGAACAUUGACCUCGUCGUAUAUGAGAAGAAUGAGAAAGUCGGUGGUGUCUGGUGGUUAAAUCGCUAUCCAGGUCUUGCUUGCGAUAUUCCAUCACACUCGUACCAAUACACCUUUGCGCCCAACCCGCGCUGGAGCAACCUCUACGCCCCAGGACGCGAGAUCCAGCAGUAUCUGCAAGGUGUAGCUGAUCGAUUUGGUGCGACAAGGUUCAUCAAGACCUCGCACAAGGUCGAGAGAUGCGAAUGGAUUGCCAGCGAGAAGAAAUGGAAGAUCUCAGUCGUCAACACCGUGACGGGUGAGAAAUUUGAGGACACGGCCGACAUCCUGGUCCCCGCCCGCGGCCAGCUGAACGAGGUCAACUGGCCCGAUGUCCCGGGUCUGGACAAGUUCAAGGGGAAACUGCUCCAUUCCGCCGAGUGGGACGACGAUUAUGACUACCGAAACAAGAGGGUCGGCGUCAUCGGGAACGGCUCGAGCGCGAUCCAGAUCAUCCCGAAUCUGCAGAAGAUCGAGGGCAUCUCGGUGACGUGCUUCAUGCGCUCGCCGACCUGGAUCUCCCCCGCGUUCGGUGACAACUCGAUGAAGAAGAUGGGCCUGGACCCGAAGGUGACAAGCUUCUCGGAGCAGCAGCAGGAGUUGUUUGCGCGCGACCCGGAGGCGUACCUCAAGACGCGCAAGGUGAUUGAGAACGACGGCAACUCGAUCCACGACUCGACGAUGCGCGGCACGGCGAUGCAGCGCGAGUUCGUCGAGAGCUUCCGGGCCUCGAUGACGGCCAAGCUGGCGGGCAAGAAGCCCGAACUGCUCAAGACCAUCAUCCCCAGCUUCUCCCCGGGCUGCCGGCGCCUGACGCCCGGGAUGGGCUUUCUCGAGGCCCUGACGGAGCCCAACGUCGAGGUGGUCGUCGACCGCGUCGUCGAGGUGACCGAGACGGGCGUCCGGCUGGCCUCGGGCCGCGAGAUCGAGCUCGACGUGCUCGCCUGCGCCACAGGGUUCCGGGUGUCUGCGCCGCCCAACUUCGAGGUCGUGGGCCGCGACGGCCUGACGCUGGCCGACCGCUGGGCCCGGUACCCGGAGAGUUACCUGUCGGUGGCCGUGGACGGGUUCCCCAACUACCUGAUGAUGUUCGGCCCCAACUCUGCCAUCGGCUUCGGCAGCCUGACCAAGAUGUUCGAGGGCGAGAUCGACUACAUCGUCAAGGUGAUCCGCAAGAUGCAGAAGGAGGACUACGCCACCAUCGAGCCGCGGCCCGAGCGCGUCGCCGACUUCAGCGACUACAUCCUCGAGUACUUCAAGAGCACGGUCUACACCGAGGAGUGCAAGUCGUGGUACCGCUCCGACGGCGGCAACGGCGACCGCAUCAUCGGCCUGUGGCCCGGCUCCACCCUGCACGCCCUCGAGGCCCUGCGGUCGCCGCGCUGGGAGGACUACGUCUACGAGAGCGCCGACCCCAGCCCGAACAGGUUGCGCUGGCUGGGCAAUGGCUGGAGCACUACCCAGACCACUGGCGAUGCGUCCUGGUACCUGAAUCCGAACGAGGUCGAGAUUCCGGUGGAGGGGAGGCCAGAGGAUAAUGCGCAGUACGAGGCUCGGCCAUGGUCGCACUGA